UUCGCCACUAGGGUUAAUUUUCGUAGUAGGGUUUCUUGGUUAGUUCUGUAAGUGUAACAUCUGUCAAUGGCGAACAGAAGAAUUAACCAAGAAAGAUCGAAAAAAUACCAUAAAAGACCACCUGAAAAUAGAGAUCGUCGUCUUCACGGUGGGUCCAGUUUUAAUGAUCCCAAAAAGAAAAAAAUAAUUCAUGAGUAUAAAAAACUACUUCGGAAAGAACAACACAAGCAACCGACAACGAACUACCAAACCAGUGACUGCAAAAAUGAGAAUAGUCAUGGAUCUAUGAAACAAUCGGGAAGGACUACUUUUCACAGAGCUUUGAAGGAGUAUGAGAAAAAGCAAUCUGAGAAAAAACUUCAGCAACAAGAGCAGCAACGAAUUGAGCUUGAAAGGAACAAAGCUUUGCAACGGUACCAACAGAAGAAAAAAGAUCGUUUUAAAAAAUUAAGUAAGAAGACUGGAAAAGGACAACCUGUGAUGAAAGAAAGAAUCAUGCUGUUACUAGAGAAAAUCCAAUAAAUUAUUUCAAACCAUCAGUGUCCUGCACAUGGUGACUAAAAUCCAUUAUUUCUGUGUUACAAAGACAAUGACUUCAAAAAGUUAACAAGUAAGAACUACAAAAAAACAUUCAAAAGAAGUUAUUUUAACUUUGCUUAAUAAUUACCUUUGUUCAAUAUAUGAAUAACAUAGAUUUGAUAAAUACAUAUACGUUGGUAGCAGAAAGAAAUGUUUCAGCAUAACAAGAACAAGUAAGUAUUUCCCAUUAUCCAUGGAUGUGAUCUUUUGUUUUAGACCACCAUAAUAAUAACAUGUGGCUAGCUAGUGGGUUCUAAUGUUUAACCAGAGUUAAACUAUGGUUUUUACCCUUAAAUGAAGAUAUAGUCUAAAGAUGCUUUGCGGGCCUUAUGGCAUAACCAGGUUUCAUUCCCCUGGGCAAUUGCCCCCCUAAAAGUUAUGAAAUAUUUCAGAAAAAAAUUUUUUGUUUAUACUCUAAUCUUGGACAUAAUGAAUCAUAAUUGUAUUUUUUGGUCAAUCAUUUCAACACCAAGAAAAUAAAAACCUUUAAUUUGA